ACACAUCUCUGGUUUCCAGGUAGUAAACAAACCCACUGUUUUCUGUUUUUGUUUUUACCCGCAGUAGCAUAAGCGCAAGGAAAGGCAAUCUAGUUAUUCACCAGUCCUAACUACUACUUAUUUUCAGCACGAUGGCGUCGUCGUUAUGUCGUGUCUGCACGGCUCGUUUCGAAGAUGAAAUCCUGAGCAACAUUUUUGAAGGAGCACAGGGACUUUCCAUCGCCUCCAUGAUCGCCGAGUGCACCGGCUAUGAAGUUGAGAAAGGGGACAGACUUUCAGAGUACAUUUGCACUAUCUGCCUGAAGGAUGCGCAAAACGCCUUUGAGAUAAAGCAAAUGAAGCGACGCGGGAAGAAGCAGCAGCGCCUGAAAGCAGAGUUGUUCGAGGAGGAACUGGUUUAUCUGUCGGACUGCGACGAUCAAGUGAAGAUCCGAAAGACAAAGAGCGAAAUGGAAAAUCAUGUAGAUCUGCCAGUGGAUAUAGAUAUAAAGCACAGUAGCUCGGAGAAGCAUCAACCCAAGAGCCCCCAUGCUUCGAAGCCCUUUGCUCAAUUGAAGCUGCCCAAGGACGCCAAGCCCUUCAAGUGCAGUCAAUGCCCGAAGAUCUUCCUUACAAAAGCCUUCCUUGAGGAGCACCUACGAAACCACCCGGAAGAUCGACGGUUCCAGUGUUCCCACUGCACAAAACGCUUCGCAAGGCGGGCCACUCUACUACGGCACCAACUGACGCACACUGGAGAACGACCCUACCACUGUUCCCACUGCUCAUCGACCUUCAACCAGACGUCGAGCCUAAAUAGACACAUGAAAAUCCACACAGAACAAUUAUAAUAACGGGUGUCAAAACUGCCAAAAGCUUUGUGUGCAUUUCCCUAUGUAAUAGGUUGUCAA